AUGGGCGAUAAACCUUUACACUUAGAUAUUCCUCAAAACAUGGAAAUAGAUUCUGAUAUGUCUUGUUAUGCGAAAUAUCAAUAAAAAUUAGGUGAUUUUUGUGGUUUUUUCCGCACAUGGAUUCCAUGUUUAUUUUGCUGUUGCCUAGAUUAUCCAUAUUAAUAAAUUUAGCAAUCAUCUAACGGUAUAUUAUCAAGAUUUGGAAAAUACGUAAAAACAUUAAAUGCCGGAUUGCAUUAUGUAAAUCCCUGUACUGAUACAUUAUAAUCAAUAGAUAUGCGUCUAUAAGUUAUAGAUUUGAAUAAAUAAUCUAUUUUAACAAAGGAUAAUGUUAUUGUUGCUAUUGAUGCUGCUGUUUAUUACAGAAUUGUUGAACCAAGACUUUCUACUUUUAGAGUAGAAAAUAUUGUAUUAGCCAUAUCUUAAUUAACUUAUUCGAUUUUGAAAAAUACUUGCGGGAAGUUUAUCUUAUAAGAUUUAUUUGAAAAAAGAGCUGAAAUAGCUACUGAUUUAAGAGAAUAAAUUGAUAAAUAUACAGAUGAUUGGGGAGUUCAUAUAGAUAAUAUUUAUAUGAAAGAUAUAUAAUUAAAUGAAGAUUUAUAAUAAAGUCUAUCAUCAGCAGCGAGAGAAAGAAGACAAGCAGAAAGUAAACUUAUUUUGGCAAAAGCUGAUGUUGAAGCAGCUAAAUUAAUGAAAUAGGCUUCUGAUUAAUUAAACAGUAAAGCAGCUAUGCAAAUCAGAUAUUUGGAGACUAUUAAAACUAUUUCAUAGCAUGGAGCUAGAGUAAUAUUCUUACCUUAAGAUAGUGAUGCUGAAAGAUAAAGACAUAGAAUUACUUAAGGAUUAAUUGCAUGAAUGAAAUUAUAGUUUUCUUUUCAUACUUAAAUUUUAUUAAUAUCAUUAUUAAUUAUUAUUGUUAUUAUUUUAUUUUUUACUUACACUGAUAAUAUAAUUAAGAAUAUUUUUGUUAUACA